AACAAAAAAGGACUUGAAAAUCGUCGCAUUGUUAGCUGUGACGGGUGUAAGGAAGGACCCCCGUCUACGUACCUGCUCUGGGACCGGAUGUUUACAUCGCAAUACACACUUGGUUACCGGAUCGAUAUUUAGCUGUGUUUAUAUCACCUGUCACAGAUUCCUACGCCAUGCAUCGCCCCGAGUACGGAACAAGCGCCGGGACCAGGCUGUUUGACCGGGGCCCCUAUAACUCCACCCCCGUGGACAACUACCCGAGCGGGGACGGGAAAUCCAUGAUUUGGCGGGGCCCCUCCCACUACGUGCCGUCAGAGAGGCGGUGGACGGACUACCACCAGUACCGGUCACUGCCCCGUGACACAAGGAGGGACGCCAAGGAGAUGCAGAGUGAGGACCAGUGGGUGGACUUCAUGAGACAGAGGGACACGCCCUCAGGCUACUAUCACAAAGACAUAGGGUUGCUACAGACAGGUGUACCGGAGUGCCGAUUGUUCGGAUACACACGUGACCUCCCGAGCAUGCCCCCUAGGGCCUUACAGGACCUAUCCUGGCCGAAAUCCGACGCCUUCGUCCCAUUAGAGCGAUCAGACCGCGGGAAAUACUACGGCUAUUAUCAUGAGGCCAUUGCGCGAGAGAGACAGCAGAGGAAGAAAGAGCUUCCCGAAAGUAUGAGGGUAGAAGCCCGAGACAUUCCGAUGUUAUGAAGGACUUAAAAUGGAUGCAAGGAUAGAGCGCCCCGUGCCUCGAAUACAUGGAGCAAUUAAAUACCCAUAAAUAUAUUUGAAAGCAUAAUUAAACAGGACCUAGAAUGUUGGAAAGGGACAAAUGUUAUCAUAAAAUAUCUAUGUUUGUUGUGUUUGUUGAAUUUUUCUAUAUUAUUAUUAUGUACAUCUGUUGAAUAUUAUCAAUGUGUGAUUUAUUGUGCACUAUUAUAAUAAAUAAACUUAAAUGACUACA